AAAAACAUAUCUGCUGAUCCUAUUAAGAUUCUGGUCCCGUUUUGUUUUCUUCCAUAUAAAUGCUAAAGACAUCGUCUUUAGAGGCCUAAAUGAGGAGGGAUUGCCAACAAGGUAACAGAGAUUUUGGUGGUAUUCAGUGAUGGCGAUUGAUUUUCUUUUUUUUUUUUUUUUGUAUGAGUAAUUUUCUUUUAUAUAAACAAAUCCUUAAGAUCUCAUCUUCACCAACCCUUAAACCCCCACGUGUUUGCCUUCACCCUUUUGGCAAGUUUGUUUCUCUGAGCAAACAAUUCAGUUUUUGAAGACUUUACCAUUCUUUGUUUGUUUGUUUCUCUCUGUUUUGAUUAUUUGUUUUAUGGGUUCUUAUUAUUUUUGUCGUUGAUACAUUGAAGGAGGCUAUUUUUUCAAGGCUUUACACACUGCAGUGAGUCGUAUUUGUAUUUUCAUGGAUAUGGUUUCAGCUUUUGGCUUCAACUUUUCGGAUUGGGUGACAACUAAGAUGAAGUGGGAUUCUCGUGUGGGAGCUAGAAUGGAUCUCUCCAUUAAUAUUGCCAAUGUAGCUGUUUCGAUAUUGUUGUUGGCAUGGUUUUUGAAAGAAAUCUUGAAAGAAAGGAGAGGUGGUAGUGGCAUACGCAGGGAAGAAUCUAGCCUGUUUACCAGAAUAAUUGUUCUUUGUAAUUUCUUUCUUUCCAUCUUGAAUCUUGGUUUUGGGUUUCAUGAGUACUCGAACAGUAGAAUUGUUGACAGUAAAUCCAUCUUCUCAUCUGUGACUUGGAUUUUAGCUACAAUGGUUGCUUUCUAUUCACAGCACAAAACUCUUAGAGAAGAAGGCAACAAAUGGCCCUUAGUUCUCAUUCUUUUCUGGGUCUUUUCCUGCAUUUUCUAUUCACUUUCUGUAUCAAUUUACUUGAUUAAUCGUUUCAGUUCCAUAGAAUUGCCUGAUCCCUUGCCUGAAACUAACAUUUCAGAUUUCGUUUCCUUACCAUUAUCAGUACUGAUUUGCUUCAAUGCUUUAAUAUUCAGUGGUAAUACUAAGUCUCGAAGUGGUCUUGAACACCCUUUACUUCAAGAAGAACAUAAUGAUGUGUUAAAAGUUUCUAGUUUUACUUGUGCUGGAGUUUGGAGCCAGCUCACUUUCCAAUGGCUAAAUCCAUUAUUUAGAAGGGGAAGGAUCCAAAAACUAGAGCUGUCUCACAUUCCUUUAGUUCCUCAAUCAGAAACAGCAAAGUCUGCCUCCUCAUUGCUUGAAGAAUCACUUGGGAAAAGGAAAACUGAAACUUCUAACUUGCCUAAGGCCAUAGCUUAUGCUAUAUGGAAACCCCUGACCAUCAAUGGUGUUUUUGCAGGAGUUAAUACGAUUGCCUCCUAUAUGGGUCCCCUUCUGAUCACAAGCUUUGUGAACUUCUUGUCGGAGAAACAUGAUAAUUCAAGCUACCUUUAUGGGUUAAUUCUUGCUUUUAUCUUCUUUCUGUCGAAGACAAUAGAAUCAUUAACUCAACGACAAUGGUAUUUUGGUGCUCAACGUAUUGGCAUAAGAGUAAGGGCAGCUCUUAUGGUACUGGUCUAUAAGAAAUCUCUAUCUGUCAGAUUUGCUGGUCCUAGUGCUGGUAAAAUCAUAAAUAUGAUCAAUGUGGAUGUGGAGAGAAUUGGGGAUUUCUGCUGGAACAUUCAUGGAGUAUGGUUGCUACCACUUCAGGUCUUUUUAGCCCUUAUUAUUUUGUACAGGAAUCUGGGUGCUGCCCCCUCUUUUGCUGCUCUUUCUUCCACAAUUUUGGUUAUGCUGAGCAACACACCAUUGGCCAAUAAGCAAGAAAAGCUGCAUUCAAGGAUCAUGGAAGCUAAAGACUCGAGAAUUAAAGUAACUUCAGAGACCCUCAAGAGCAUGAGAGUCUUGAAACUAUAUUCAUGGGAAUCUGCAUUUCUGGAGAAGCUUCUGCAACUCAGAAAGACAGAGAGAAAAUGGCUGAAAGAAUACCUGUAUAUAAGCUCAUUAAUAGCCUUUCUCUUUUGGGCUUCACCAACUCUAGUCUCUGUCAUUACCUUUGGAGUUUGCAUUUUGUUAAAAACACCAUUAACAACAGGUACUGUCCUCUCAGCGUUAGCCACUUUUCGGAUUCUGCAAGAACCCAUCUACAACCUGCCUGAGCUCAUUUCCAUGAUUGCUCAAACUAGGGUCUCAGUUAAUCGCAUUCAAGAAUUCUUAAGAGAAGAGGAUCAAAGAAAGCAGAUACCUUAUAACAUUUCACACGCAUCUGAGAAUGCAAUUGAAAUUGAGACUGGAGAAUAUGCUUGGGAAACAAAUGAUCAGAACUUAAGGAAACCUACUAUUAAAAUUACAGAAAAAAUGAAAAUAAAGAAGGGUUACAAAGUUGCAGUGUGUGGAUCAGUUGGGUCUGGCAAAUCAAGCCUACUCUGUAGUAUACUUGGCGAGAUCCCCAGAAUUUCUGGAGCAGGAAUUAAGGUUUAUGGAACAAAAGCUUAUGUUCCACAAAGUGCUUGGAUUCAAACAGGAACAGUGAGAGAAAAUGUGUUGUUUGGCCAGGAUAUGGAUAGGGCUUUCUAUGAGGAUGUUUUGGAAGGAUGUGCUUUGAACCAGGAUAUUGGGAUAUGGGUUGAUAGAGAUUUGACUGCUAUAGGGGAGAGAGGAAUGAACUUGAGUGGAGGACAAAAGCAGAGAAUUCAACUUGCAAGGGCUGUCUAUAGCAAUUCUGAUGUUUAUAUUCUGGAUGACCCUUUUAGUGCUGUUGAUGCACAUACUGGAGCACAUCUGUUUAAGAAAUGUCUCAUGCAACUAUUGUCUCAGAAGACUGUCGUGUAUGCUACACAUCAACUAGAAUUUUUGUAUGCGGCUGACGUUGUUCUGGUUAUGAAAGAUGGUGUAAUUGUCCAGUCGGGAAAAUAUGAAGAUUUAAUUGCAGAUCCAACUGGAGAACUUGUUAGACAAAUGGCUGCUCAUAAGAAAUCACUGAACCAAGUGAACCCACCGCCAGAAGAUAGUACCUUAACAAGUGGACCCCCUCAGUUAAAUCAAAAUGAAGUCACAGAAGAAAAUUUUGAAGAGCCUGUCAGUAACAGUAUAAUUUCAGAGAGAAUUCAAGAAGAAUUAACAGAAACUGGUAGAGUGAAAUGGAGUGUUUACUCAACUUUUGUUACUUCAGCUUAUAAAGGAGCCCUUGUUCCAGUCAUCCUUCUAUGUCAAGUCCUCUUCCAGGGCCUACAGAUGGGAAGCAAUUAUUGGAUUGCUUGGGCAUCAGAGGACAGACAAAAGAUAACCAGGGAGCAGUUGAUUGGGAUAUUCAUUUUGUUGUCUGGUGGAAGCUGUAUCUUUAUAUUAGGGAGAGCAGUUUUGCUGGCGAGUAUUGCUGUUGAGACUGCUCAACUACUCUUCCAUGGAAUGAUUACAUCAGUUUUUCGAGCACCUAUUUCGUUCUUUGAUUCAACACCUUCAAGUAGAAUUCUAAGCAGAUCGUCUACAGAUCAAAGCACAGUGGACACAGACAUUCCCUACAGAUUAGCUGGAUUGGCAUUUGCACUAAUUCAGCUAUUAAGUAUAAUUAUCCUAAUGUCUCACGUCGCUUGGCCAGUUUUCCUUCUCUUUCUUGUCAUCCUUGGAAUCUCCAUUUGGUAUCAGGCCUAUUACAUUACCACUGCCAGAGAAUUAGCCAGGAUGGUUGGAAUUAGAAAGGCUCCUAUCUUGCAUCACUUUUCAGAAUCAAUUGCAGGUGUAGCAACUAUUCAUUGUUUCAAUCAGGAAGAUCGAUUUUUUAUGAGAAGCCUGAGCCUGAUUGAUGAUUAUUCACGCAUAGUCUUUCACAACACAGGCACAAUGGAAUGGCUAUGCGUUCGAAUAAACUUUCUUUUCAACCUUGUUUUCUUCCUUGCUUUGAUCAUCUUGGUGAGCGUUCCUAGAUCAGCCAUUGAUCCUGGCUUGGCAGGGCUAGCAGCUACCUAUGGACUGAACCUGAACAUUCUUCAGGCUUGGGUUAUAUGGAACCUAUGCAACGUUGAGAACAAAAUGAUAUCAGUUGAAAGAAUUCUUCAAUUCACUAACAUACCCAGUGAAGCUCCGAUGGUGAUUGAGGAGUGUAGACCAAAUUCUGAAUGGCCAGUGUAUGGAAGAAUUGAACUGGUCAGCCUUUCUGUCCAAUAUAGUCCUGCUCUCCCAAUGGUCCUCAAAUCGAUAACUUGCACUUUCCCAGGAGGGAAGAAAAUUGGUGUAGUGGGAAGAACCGGAAGUGGAAAGUCUACUUUGAUUCAAGCACUAUUCCGGGUGAUUGAGCCCUCAGGAGGACAGAUUCUUAUUGAUGGACUGGAUAUUUCCAAGAUAGGUUUGCAAGAUUUGAGAUCCAGGCUAGGUAUAAUUCCUCAAGAUCCCACAUUGUUUCAAGGAACUGUGAGGCAUAAUCUGGAUCCUUUGCAAGAACACUCGGAUCAAGAAAUCUGGGAGGUCCUGAACAAGUGUCGCCUUGCAGAUAUAGUGAAGCAGGACCAAAGGCUUCUUGAAGCACCAGUUGCUGAAGAUGGAGAAAACUGGAGUGUUGGGCAGAGGCAGCUUGUUUGUCUGGCUAGAGUGCUUCUAAAGAAGAGAAGAAUUUUGGUAUUGGAUGAGGCCACAGCUUCUAUUGAUACAGCAACAGACAACAUCAUUCAAGUGACAAUAAGAGAUGAAACUAGUAGAUGCACAGUCAUCACUGUCGCGCAUCGAAUACCUACUGUCAUUGACAAUGACUUGGUUUUGGUUCUUGACGAAGGCAAGGUGGUAGAAUAUGACUCCCCUGUGCAGUUGCGCAAGGACAAUUCUUCUUCGUUUUCGAAGUUGGUCACAGAAUUCUCGAGGAGAUCAUCAACGAGAAACCAACAUAGGGAUUAUCUUGACAAAGGGGGAGAUUAAACAGCUUCAGCAUUUCGCAAUUAGAAAUUAGCUCAUAUGGCUUAUUGCUAGUGCAAUAUGAUAAAAAUGGCAGUAGCACUUAGAUAGAAGGCAAAACUCAUAGUGUUAACAAGCAUACCGUACCUUGUACAGAACAAUAAGUCAAAUCACAGACAAUGAAUUCAUGAACAUUUAAGCUUCAGCUCAUUAACAUAAAUAGAAAUUAUAGCAGAUGAACUUUAUUAGUCGG